UGACUACACCCAUAGAACCAUAGAACCAUAGAAGUGCUAACAGGGACCAGAUACCAAUAGAAUUCCAUACGAGAAGAACAAACUCAAUCUUAGCCAUGAUAGAAACCAUCUACUACGUGCGCCAUGCGUACCGAUCUGGAUUCAAUGUCGACCAUGAGACUGGCACAUAUACUCCCAAUAGCUUCAUCAAGCACCCAACAGGCAUCGGAAGCGACCCCCCUCUCACCUCCCAUGGCGUGGACCAGUCACAUGAACUCGCAAAGUAUCUCCUGGAGGAGAUCCAGCCACCGAUCGACGCCGUGUAUUCCAGUCCAAUGUAUCGAUGUCUCCAGACGCUGAAGCCAACUACAGACAAACUCUUCCAAGAGCCGAAUGGCAGGUUGAAGGGAGGCAAGAUCCGCAUCGAGCACGGCGUAGGUGAAUUCUACGGCCGCGCCGGUUGGACACAUCCCUCCCCACCCAGCAUCCAGGAGCUCAACAAACAUUUCGCCAACAUCGACCAAGACUACGUGACGGCCGUCAAGAUCAACCCUAACGGUGAAUUCAUCAACGAGCUCCACGAGCGCGUCAAGAAGGCCCUCCACAAGAUCGUCUCCGCACUCGACGCCGACCCAGCUGGCCCCAAAACCCUCCUGAUCUGCUCCCACGCGGGGACCAUGAUCGCCGCGGGGCGCGCGCUGACUGGCGUGAUGCCGGAUGAUCCAGAUACCGAGGAUUUCUACUGCUACACGGCGGGUGUGUCGAGGUUUGAGCGGAAGAGUAAGGAGUCGAAAGAGGUGAUUGGGCAGUGGGAUUGCGUGCUCAACUCCGAGACGAAGUUCCUCAAGGAUGGGGCUGAACGAGGAUGGAAGUUCAACGGCGAGGAAAGCUUCGUCGCCUUCCCAGAGUCCGAAUCCUCCAACUCCAACAAUGCCGACAAGCCUAGCUCUCCGAAACUGUGAAAGUUCGGAUCGUUGUAAGGGAGUACAACUGUGUUUGCAUCGCGGAUGUGUCGCAUAGAGAUAGAUGGUCUGGUUGAUAAAUGGCAUUUUCUAAGUGAGCGUCAUUAUCAUACAUACUUACAUGUGCAAUAUAAAUAUCAU